GGAGCAGUAGCUCAUUUUCACAGAGUCAAACACAAAGCACAAAACGGAAGUUGAAGGGACUGAAUGUCACUCUUUGGUCAAACUGUAGCAUGGUAGGCUUCGUUUUUAGCUAGCAUACAGUAAAAUGUCAGGGUACAGUUUAUUUAGGAUAGUCACGUUAACAAAAUGCAUCACAACCAACGCUACAACGUCGCUAAGCAGGACGAACGUAUUAAACAGAAUACAGACCUGUGGCUAUGCUAAGAAAGUUGUGGCCAAAGGGAAAGGUAAAGGCAUGGUGAAAGAAGAGUUCAAGGGUCCAGAGGUGUGUAAAGACCCUGUCAGACUUACUUCUUAUGCAGUUGGGGUCAACAUCCUCAAACAAGGAGAAGACCCCCAGCUGAAGCCUUUGGAGCAAUAUCCAGAGUGGUUAUUCCAGUUGAACCUGGGAACGCCAAAAAAGCUGCACGAGCUGGAGUCAGAAACCUGGGAAUACUGGAAGCGCCUGAGGAAGGAAAACAUUUGGCGUUUCAACAAACUACAUAAAGGGAAGAAGUUUUAAGCCUAACUGGACUGACAGAGGGCUUCUACCGGGGGGGUUGUUGUUUCCGACUCUGUGGACUGAAUUACUUGACAUGGUGUAUAUUCAGAGCUAGAGUUCAGCUUGCUGAAUGAAAUGUCAUGAGCAGCAUAUUCAAUGGCCCUCUCUUGACAAUAAUUUAAAGCUAUAAGAAAUCUCAUUGAUGGUUAUGUUGAAAAUAGGUGAAUUAAACGUUAAUUAAACACUCACAAUGUAAUGGGUCAAAACCCACAACCAGAUUAAGGCCUCAAUAACGAAACAGUCUCAACAAAAACGUCAUACAUCAUAAUCAUUCUUGAAAUUGGAAACAGUAGGUGGCAAAACAACCUCACCACUAGUUCCAUUUAGUAUUGUUACGGAGCUUUCAGUUGUAAGACAGGCUUCUUCUUCAGCAGAAGGUAUUUGGUCAGUUUUCAUGAAAUUGUAGACAUUCAAAUUUCAAAGAUUAGUGGACCUUGUGGUGAAGUUGGUUUUUUUCAGUUUCAGAAAGGUAGUUUUAUACGGCUGCCUAUUUUGUUCAGGGAUACUGCAUUGCUAUGAAUUAAUUUGUUCCCAUUUAUGUUUUUGUUUUUAAUCCAUAUGUGAAGGGAAAUGGCCUGCUCAUAUUUCCACAAAUGGUGUUCUUUUUGUUGUUAUUGUAAACUCAUUAUAAAUAAAUAAGGACUUCGUCCAUA